AUGAUGGAAGAACAACAAGACCUCCCGGCUGGUUUGCCGUCGAAAAGACCUAGGCUUGGUGAUUCGGAAGAUUUUGUUGCUCCAAACUUCUUAGUGGAACAUGGUCAAGAAAUCCUCGCUAAAUCAAAUGAUGAUGGUCAAAUGGAUACAUCUGAGUUGUCAAAUAGCAAACUAGCACUCAAUUUGGAUUUGGUGGAUAAUGAACAAAUAAAUAGUUUCGAUUUGUUAGAUGCAAGCAAAAUGGAUAUUUCGGAAACGUGGAAAAAUGGAGAAAAAGUGAUGGUUGCUGGGCGAAUUGCAAAGGUGGAAUUGGAGAAUUUCAUGUGCCACAAACAUCUCCUAAUUGAGUUCAAUGUCCGAGACAAUAAUUGUUUUUAUAUCGGAGGAGCUAACGGAAGUGGCAAGAGUGCUCUGUUUGCUGCGAUUCAUUUGUGUCUUGGUGGUAAAGCAUCUGACAACAAUAGAGGGGACAACGUGAAACAAUAUAUCAAAGAUGAUGAAGGAUCGGCCAGAAUCAACGUGACUCUGACAAAUGAAGGAUUCAAUAAUUUUCCACAGUUUGGAAAAUGUAUUACAAUCUCGCGAACUAUACAUAAAACAACGUCGGCGUACAAAGUGACAAGUGUGAUCAACGGCGUAGAAAAAACCAUUGGAAGUACUAAAGGUUCCAUCGAUAAAAUACUGAAACGAUUCAAUAUUCAUUGCGAGAAUCCAGUUUUUUGGAUGACUCAAGACAGAACAAGAACAUAUCUCUCCAAUUUGAAACCACCAGUCCUUUACAAGCUCUACAUUGAAUCUACCAAUCUGAGCAAAAUCGAAGAAUCUUACUCUUCUGCCACAUCUGCCAUUGAUGAUUGUAACAAAGUCGCAGAGGAUAAAACAGAAAGUUUCAAACGAGACAAAAUGAAAUUACUUCGAAUGGAAGAACAACAUAAACAACAAGAGAGAAUGUUGAAGCUACGUGAACAAAUCAACGUUUACCGAUGGAAACUCUCUUUCUGUGAAGUUCAGGAACUCGAGGACAGCCUUGAGAUUAAUCAAAAACGAGAAACAGUUUGCAAGAAGUUCUUUGAGGAAACACAGGAUGCCUAUACUAAAAAUCGAGAAGAUAGAGCUGAGAAAGCGAAAGAUAAGCAAGACAUGUUUGAUGAGCGUAAAAUAAGAAGAAACCGAAAAAACCGAGCAGAUGCUGAGAAAGUUAUUGAAGAACAAGAUGAAAAGUACGCAAAAUUGCUAGUGGAGGAGGGAAAAACAAAUUAUGUUCAGCGAAAAAGAACAACAAAAUCUGAACUUGAUGAGGUGGUAAAAAUUCAAGAAAAUGAAAACGAAAAGAAGAAGUGCCUAGAGAAGGAAAUCGAAUCUGUUCGAGAAAAUAUCAAAGUAAUAGUCAAAAAACUUGAUGGUCAAGAUUAUGAGCUAGCUGGUUCAAGACGCAGAAUCAGAUUGAACGAAUGGGAAAUCAAAACAUUGGAAGUCAAAAAAAAUUGCAUCAACAGAUUCGGACCAAAAUUAGAGGAAAUAGGAAUUGAAAUAGAGAAAAAUCGGCAUUUGUUCACAACAAUGCCGAAAGGACCAAUUGGAAAGUACAUCACUUUGUCGGAUACGAAGUGGGCAUUCACAGUGGAAGAGUUUCUUCGACGUCACUAUGAUAAUUAUAUUUGCUCAACACACAGCGAUGCAAAAAAACUUCGUGACAUUUUUAUAGCAAUGAACUUAGAUAAUAUGGAAAAACCAAAUAUAGUUGUGAGCAAGUUCGCAGGGAAACGCUACUCGAAUCUCAUGGAACCUCCUUCACAAUAUAAGACAAUGUAUCAGCUUUUAAAGAUUUCGGAUGAUGAUGUUCACAAUGUUCUCAUUGAUAAACCUGCUUGUGAGCAGACCAUCUUGAUAGAAGAUCAUGUCCAGGCAAUGAAGGAUAUGAACAGCGACACGAUACCGACCAAUAUUAAGAAGGCAUGUACUUUGAAAGGAGAUGUGGUGUAUCCAGGUGAGAGCGAUAGACAGUAUCGUUUCUAUGCUGGAAGAAAAGGAGUCGGAAACGGAUUGUUCGACAAUUCUUCGACCAACACUGACAAAAAAACUUUGAGUGAAAAACGAUGUAAGAUGGAGGAAGAAGUCAAUUUGGAAGAAAACAUCAAAUACAGAUUGAUGAAUAUUGGUAAAAAAGAACGCAAACUGAAGUCUGAGUUAAGUGAUAGUGCACCGGACAUCGAGAGUAUAACAACAAAAAACAAAUUGGAUGAAAUCAAAAUUGGAAUAGAAGACUUACAAAAGCGUUUGGUAACAAAUGAUAACGAUUACGAAACAUUUCAAAAAGAACUUGCCGAAAUCAUCAAUGAGAAAACGGUUUUAGUUGAAUUUCAUGAGGAAAAAGUACAAAUUGUGGAAGAUUUGAAAAAAGAAGCCAGUGAUGUACAAGAAAGAAUGAAACAUAUGAAAGUUGUACUUGAUGAAGAAGAUAGUAAGGCGGAAAUUCUCCAACAACGACUGCUUAUAAUCAAAAACGACGAGCAAAAGUUUCUCAACAAGGAAGCUGAAUUAAAAACCGAAAAAGAUAAGGCUGAAGAAAAAUGGAAAGAAUAUAAGUCGAAAAUGGAAAAGCCUAAAGGAGAAACUGAUCCGCCAUGUCUAACCGGUUUUCCAGUAAUAAAGAAAGCUGGAGAAAUCUUGUUGGAAAUGGAAAACACUUUGAAGGAAAUUUCGGUGGGCUGCGACACUUCAGUGACUCUUGCAUCAUAUGAGGCUUUCAAAGAAACUACGAAGAAAAAUAAAAAACAUUGUGAUGCUUUGAAGGAUGAGCUGACUACUUUCCGUAUCACUCUAGAUGCACGCAAUAGAACCUUUCCAAAACUUAAAACGGCUACUGAAGAAAAAGUUAGAGCAAAAUUCCAAGAUAUUCUGGCGAUAAAAGGAAACAUGGCCGGAAAUCUUAUCCUUGAUCACGAGUCGAAGAAGCUUAUAAUCGAUGUGAAAUCUUGCAAGGAGAGAGACCUUGAUUUCAACAAAUUGGACGAUGAUAACACUGAUGAAGAGCUAGAAACUUCUGAGAUCGUUAUGGACCUUCUUGUUGAGAUGGCAACAGAACUGUUCCCGCAAAACCAAUUCAUAUUUUUUACCCCACAAGGAAUCAAGGAACUGAAAAAAGUGGAUGGUCUUCAAAUUUUCGAGAUGGAAAAAGUUCACGAUUAA